UAUUAUGAGUCCCGACAUCAGCAGGCUUUCAUCUCUGCAUCACGUUCCAUCUCGACUUCCCUCGUUGUUCCCCAAAGUCUUCCUCCUCUGCCGUAAGACGAAGUCCAACUCUCUCUCUCUCUCUCUCUCUCUCUCUCUCCCCCCUUUCUAGAACAGCUUGACACGGGAUCCAACAUGCGGUAAAAGAGAGCGGCCAAUAACACAAGGGAAAGUUGACAAGAGAGAGAGAGAGAGACAGAGAGACAGCAAACGAUCUGACAGAUACAUGCGCAUUAGAUCAUGACGAUGCGCAUGACGGUUCGUUGUUCUGCUAUAUUUUCCAACCUCCCGUUUAGAUCUUCACCAACCAACCAAUCCUCCGUCGUCGCCGGCAUCCCUUGGUCUUCCUCUGUUUUCGGCCACUUCAAAUCCCAGGCCGCACCCGGCAACCAUCACAACAUCUGCAGCAGCAGCAAGAUGGGCGACCAUGAGACCCCCAGCUUUGAGAAGCCCAGGCAUGUGGCCAAGAAGGUGCUUGCCAGGUCGCAGCAAGAGGGCGUCGGUGCCAGUGUCAGGAGGAGCAUAGGAAGCGGAGCACUCCGGAACCUGGAUCCUUUCCUCAUGCUGGACGAGUUCUCAGUCUCUGCCCCUGCCGGAUUCCCGGAUCAUCCUCACAGAGGUUUCGAAACUGUUACCUACAUGCUCCAGGGAGCUUCCACGCACCAAGAUUUCGCCGGGCACAAAGGCACCAUCAGGGCAGGAGAUUUGCAGUGGAUGACUGCUGGCAGAGGGAUCAUCCACUCCGAGAUGCCUGCUGACGAAGGGGAAAACACAGGAUUGCAGCUGUGGAUCAACCUGUCCUCCAAGGAUAAGAUGAUGGCGCCGAGGUACCAGGAGCUGCAGAGCAAGGACAUCAGCAGGGUGGAGAAGGACGGCGUGGACGUCCGGAUAAUAGCCGGAGAAUCCUUCGGGGUGCGCUCACCGGUCUACACCCAGACGCCGACCAUGUAUCUCGACUUCACGCUGCAGCCGGGCGCGCAGGUUCACCAGCGAGUCCCCGAGGACUGGAACGCCUUCGUCUACAUCUUGGAGGGGGAAGGCGUGUUCGGGGACCCCAAGGCGUCCCCUGCGACCAGCCACCACACGCUGGUGCUGAGCCCCGGCGACGGCCUCAGCGUGUGGAACCGGUCGGCGAAGCCCCUGCGGUUUGUCCUGAUCGGCGGGCAGCCGUUGAACGAGCCCAUCGUGCAGUAUGGCCCCUUCGUCAUGACCACCCAGGCCGAGAUCCAGAAGGCCAUCGAGGACUACCAUUACUGCAAGAAUGGGUUCGAGAACGCCAGGCAUUGGAGGUCUCAGCAGCAGCAACAGCAACAGCAGCAGCAGUGAAAUGAUCGAACAGGUUGAAGACUGUCAUUAAUAAAGGAGUAAUGCAAGGAAGUGAUUCAUUUACAUCAAAUCGAACUCUUUACUGUUGACUAAACAAUGUGGCAGUUCAUUUGUGUUUUAUCCUUGUUUUUACCCAUCAAGAUUGCCUUCUUAUCUUCCUUCAGUGGAAUUAACAGCA